AGGAUUUCGAAAUUGCGCAAUGGCGGGUACAACCGUUCCACACUAUUGAGCAGCCCCUUUUUCUUCAGCAGAAGGUUUGUCACCUUAAGGAUGAAACUUUUACAUGGCAAUCCAAAUAUUCCCGACAUCAAGUCUAUAUUUGGCUCAGAUGUUUCUGCGUGUGUUAACAUGAACGUAACACCUGGCAGCAAAUCAGCAAACCUAGUACCAUACGCAGUUGAGAAGUUCAAAAGUGAAGAGACAGACACGAUUAUAUGGUGGAGCAAACAUGGUGCUGUUGCAAAAACUGUUGCGUGUGCUGAGAUGUUCAAAAGCAUUAUGUCUAAUACAAUUCCCCGGACGCCACAGUUAGAUAGUGUCAGCUCGCCAAAACUGUACCAGUGUAGUCGCUUGCAUCUUCAGUCUUGUAACUGCUCAGUCCCUGAUACAACAAUGACGUGCACCGUGGAGGAACCGGGAAUCGCUAUCCUUUUUUCCAAAUCUCCAUUCCCAGGAGAAGAUUGUCAAUUGCCUGUUGAUUUCGGGGGCAACGGUUUUUCAGACUUUGUGAAAAAAGGGGAAACAUCGAAAUUAACUUUAGAUCACCCACCUAGUCGUCGCCGUCUAUCUCGUACUAUUCGGAAAAAACGUGAUACUUCCCGUGGACUUGGUAAAAACGAGGCUAAAUUUGUCAGUAAUGAUUCUUCAGAGACGAGUGAUUUCCAUACUGUCCCUUUUCAAACACCUCGUCUUGCUACAGCUAUUUCAAACGUAAACAAAGUAUUAAAGCACAAGAAGUUGAAUAAAAAACGAAGAAAGCCAUCAAAUUCAUAAAGACGAACUUUGUGGUCUAUUUUUAUUUACCUAUUUCCAAAUGUAAUCUCCACUACCUUUUUGCAUUUAGUUCAACGAUAUAAAAAGUCUAUAGAACUGAAAUACACUUCAUGAUACAUCGUUUAGUACGCGUUUUUCUAAUACACAAAAUAUAUGAAAGAGUUGAUUCUUGCAUCUUUUUCAGAUAAUUAUGCUACACAACUUCUGUUCUUCCAAAGACAUAGGUAUUCACUCGUAGAACCUAAUGUGUGAUAUGGUGGAGAAAAUUUGUAGCUCAGGUGGAUGAUUGUGGUGGUGUUUCGUUCUCUGAGCUGGAUAUUGUUUUCAGAUAGUUAAUUGAUUACUAUGUCAAUCUGGAAAUAUCAAACAUCAUGAAAUCAGACAGUUUGAAUCAAAAAUCAAUUGAACAAAACAAUCUAACAUCAUAACACAAUAUACUGAAUCGAUGGUUUCGCUUACACUCUCAAGCUUCAAUGAUAACUCACUACGUAUGGUAGCUUCCUUUUCUUUGAACGAAUUUUCUAAACGAUUUAACUCUUCUUGUUUUGCUAAUGUAACUGCCUCUUGUACUUGUUGAUACUUCCACUGUGUAAUUUGGUUCAGUAGUUUUUCACCUAUUGUAUCUAUGAUAGGACUAAUUUCAUUUGCAAAUUGUGUGUGGUUUUGAGUUGUUCCAUUUAAUGAAUUAUAAGUUGAAUUAUGCUCUAAUUGUUGUUCGUCUUGUAAUUUUGUUAUAGUAGUUAACAAAUGAUUUUCUUUGUCCUCAUACGUAUCUCUGAUUUCUUUAAUUCUUUUAUUUAAUCUGGUGAUCUCACUCUUUAAUUGACUGAUAAUUUCUUGAUAUUUAAUCUAAACCGAUUUAAAAUUAAAAAAAUAAACUAAACAUAAAAAUCUAUUUUUAUA